UCCAUAAUAUUAAGUUCUUUACAGUAUCAUUGCGUUGUCAUUUGAAGUAACUGAAUGAUCGAAUAUUAACAUAGUAAAGUGUUAUGUUAUUUAUUUUUAAUAAAUUUUAAAAACAUAUGUUGAAGUUAACAAAAUGGUUUUGCUGGAAAAUGAUGCGUUUUUAGUGGAAUUGACACGACUUUUCGACAAAUCUCGACUUUCUGGUUCUGUAGUACUUACUAUUAAAAGGUUUAAUGGACAUAAUAAACCAGUGCCUAGAGAAGGUAGACCUCCCUUACCAACACCAAGUGAAUUUCUUUGCUUAGUAAGAGCUACAUUAAGGUCAAAAAAGAUUUCCACUGUUAUACAUUCUAAGGAUGUAAAUAAAUUUCAACAAGCAUAUUGGAACUUAUUAAAGUCAAAUAUCAAUGGUCUUAAAAAAUUGAAAAAAGUAAAAUCUGUAAAACCUAAAGUUCAUUGAUAUUUUGAUAUUCACUAUUUAACAUUUAUGUAUUAUAUGUUAUUAAAACUUUUGAUUAACA